AUGUCAUCCCUCCUCACCCGUUUGCACGCGAAAGUCGCGAGCGCGCGUGCCAAUGCGCAUGUUGCGAAGAACCGUCUGCACCAUGAAGUCCACGAAGCCUCGGGAAAGGCGAAGUAUGUUGACCUGUCUAUUCAGUUCAUCGGGGCGUCCGGGUUACCGAAGAUGGAUCUUGUUGGCACCGCGGACCCCUUCUUCGUCGCCAAACUCGACGACAACAUCAGCUACAUAUCAACCGUGCAGCCCGGGACACAAGCGCCCGUAUGGAACGAAAGCUGGCACGUGAAGAACGUACCCAGCACUGCCGGUCUGAACGUGACCGUCUACGAUAAGGACAAUGGGCGUCUCGACGAUGUCAUUGGCACCUUCCAUACCACGAUCAACCCCGGCGCCAAAGAAUGCGAGAUCGAGGGGACCAUCACCGGCCGCACGAAAGGCACCUUCUGGCUCAAGAUCGAGUCGCGCGAACCUGCCGACAAUAUACAGCACUGCCCUCCAUACACAUUCGACGGGCCCAUCCGAUAUUCUCGCCACUUCUCGCCUACCGUCGGACGGCUCACAGCUGUGAACGACGAACGCUUGUACUCGACUUGGAAAGUUUCGCUCAAGGCCGUACCCGCGUUCUUUGAUCAUACAUUCCAAGAGUGGAAUCACGAUUACAGUGCUGCGAAGACGAUCUUCGGUACUGGUCCUAGCUCUUUCGCCGUCCGCUCAAGCAUCAAAACCGGACACAGCCUCCUCUACGCCCGCUCAACCCGGAACGGCUUCGGCACCAUCCAAACCGCCAAGGACGUCACCGAUCUCCUCUGCGGCGGCGGGCGCAGCAGUGGCCCUCGCGAACUGGCCAAGCAUCGCGUCAAGCCCGCAGUCUACACCUACGUGAUCGCUCCAGAGGACGAGACCUUUCGCUUCUCCGAGACGGGCGCAGCUUUCUUCGUCGACUUCGCGUCGAAGCAUGCUCUUCAUGCGAAUUGUUCCGAGAAGGUGUACUACUCUGGCGAGUUCCAUCCUCGUCCGAAGGGCGGAUGGGCAAGCUUCUCAGACGAUACGCCUGAUGAUCAAGUCGAGUGGGAGCUCGUCAUCGACAACAACUCCGGAACUUACUCUCCUGACAAGGAAAUGCUGCCCGCGCUGCAAGCUUGCCUCUCCUACAACUUCCCGUGGUUCACUGUACUCGCACUCGACCACGAAGAUCCCGCACUCAAAGAAAGCCGCGAAGCCUGCCGCGACUACGCGCUGACCAAGCGUGGCGUCACGCAGGAGGAGCUCCAGCCACACGCCAACGAGGGCGAGGAGACCCUCAUGAGCGCCAUCGGACACGGCGCUCAUGCCCUCGACAGCGACGCCAUGGGCGAGGGCGUUGCUACCGGCAGCUCCUGA